AUGUCGAAAGCCGUCACCAAGCCCUAUGGCAAUCCUGCCCCCUUCGCUGAGCCGGCAUGGUACAACGCCCUCGCCUCUCCUUACUAUAACGACAGCCAUCGCCGCCUGCGUAAUUACGUUCGAAGCUAUCUCGAGAAGAAUGUCUUCCCUUACGUCGAAGAGUGGGAAGAGGAAGGCAGCGUCCCCAAGGACGCUAGUCGAGAUUAUGCUCGUGCCGGUCUCGCAUUCCAAGAGAUGCCUGCCGAAUAUUCUGGUGGUAUCGGAUUACCCGGUGGUAUUCCCUUCGACGAAUGGGAUAUCUUCCAUUUCGUCGUUCUGCAUUAUGAACUAGCCAAGAUCUGCUGCGGUGGUGUCGCGGCUGGCCUAGGUGCAGGAUCGGCCAUUGGUGUGCCCCCCAUUGUCCGUUACGGGACCGAAGAACAGAAGCGCCGAUGGCUACCUGGUGUCUUCUCCGGCGACACGGUGUUUUGCCUUGGCGCAACUGAACCCACCGGGGGAUCCGAUCUUGCCAAUCUGAGGACGACUGCGAAGAAGACGCUUGAUGGCAAAGCGUAUAUUGUCAAUGGGCACAAGAAAUGGAUUACCGGAGGUUUGAGCGCAACCCACAUGACGACGGCGGUUCGCACGGGCGGUCCCGGAGCCGCCGGUGUCUCCGUCUUGAUCAUUCCGAUGGAUUUGCCUGGAAUUACGCGUCGAAAGAUCAAGAACAGUGCCUUCAAUGCAGGUGAGAGCACUUGGGUUACACUGGAGAACGUCCAAGUGCCCGCUGAGAACUUGCUUGGCCAAGAGAACCAGGGAUUCCCUUGCCUAAUGCUCAACUUUAACCGCGAACGCCUCCUUAUUGCCGUCACCAUGAACGCGCAGGCCAGAGUCUGCCUUGAGGAUGCAUGGGCCUAUGCCAUGGAUCGCCACACCUUUGGACAACCUCUGUUCUCCCACCAGAUCAUCCGCCAUAAACUAGCGACUCUAGCCCGAUACAUUGAAUCUCAUUGGGCCUGGAUUGAGCAAAUUACCUACCAUAUCAAGGUUACGGGCGAUGUUGGGGCGGAGCUCGCCUCCCGCAUUGCCCUUGCUAAGGUCCACGGCGGCAGAUUGCUGGAGCUUGCCAACCGCGAGGCACAGCAGAUCUUUGGUGGCGCUGGCUACCAGAGGGGUGGCGUGGGCUCUCGCGUUGAGCAGAUCAGCCGAGACCUCAGGGUCAACAUCGUAGGAGGCGGCAGCGAGGAGAUUAUCACGGAUCUUGCGGUGCGCCAGGAGAUGGCCCAGGCUAAGAAGAGAGGUUCUAAGCUCUAA